CUAUCUUGUACAAGUCAAUCAAACUGUGCAGUGAAUUCGAACUUUACUCAUUCUCACUCAUUUUCAAUCCAAUUCUCUUCAAGACUCUUCAAAAUGAAGCUUUCUGGGGUUGUCCUGACCAGCCUCGUUGGCUGCGUCGCUGCCAUGCCCCAAUUCUUCGGCCGUUCUCCUGCUGCUUCGAGCACUCCUUCGUUGCCUCUUCUUCCCAGCUCAGCAGCUGGUCCUCCCCCGUCUGUUGUCCCUGAAGGCCAGCAGAAUCAAGACUUCUCCACCCCGCCUGCUCCGUCUGGCACGCCCUUGCCUUCUUCCGAAGGAGCUGAAGGCUUUGAGAAACGCCAAUUUGACGGUGCUCCCUCUGGCACUCCUUCCGGCCCUCCUCCUUCCGGCACCCCUGGUCCCGCGGCCUCUGGCUUCGUCUCCCACCAGGUUGGUGGUCCUGCUGAGUCCACCCCUGCUGGCCCUCCCCCCACCGCGACUCCCUCCGGUCCUCCUCCCUCCGGCACCCCCGACUUCGAAAAGCGUCAGGUUGGUCCUGUUGAUUCCACCCCUGCCGUUCCUCCCGCCACUCCCUCCGGCACUCCUCCCUCCGGCACUCCUGGUCCCGCGCCUUCUGGUGCCCCUGAAGGCUUCGAGAAACGCCAGUCCGCCCCUGCUGGCCCUCCCCCCACCGCCAGUCCUUCCGGCCCUCCCCCCACUGCUACUCCCUCCGGCCCUCCUCCCUCCGGCACCCCCGACUUCGAAAAGCGUCAGGUCGGUUCUAUUGAGCCCACCCCUGCCGGUCCUCUUGCCACUCCCUCUGGCCCCCCUCCUUCCGGCACGCCUCUCCCCGGUCCCACCCCUAGCGGUACCGUUGGUGGCUACUAAGCCAUUUUUUCAUCGAGCAGGGCUCAUGAAAUCACAAAUUGGCUUUUUUGAACCCUGCAACAAGCCAUCCGUGAUGGUAAUGGGGUGGUUCAACGCAUUGUGAACGCCCCGUCGGGUGUACGGUGUUGAACACCCGUCGAAUAUUCUUGCGAAUCGGAACAUCAUGGUUAUGGUCCGAAUAAUGUUAUGUUUAUGUUGAUUUCGCU